UGGCUCCAGCAAGGGCAAGACUUGAAGGUACAGCACUGUAAUUGAAGACGGGUGAAUGGAAAAAAAAGAACUCCCCGACCGAAGGGUCACGUGACAUCCUUGUAGGGGACACGUUGGCCGUAAAAGUUGCCUACACACUGCUACGGUUUAACUUUUGGCUACGACAUGCGUCUAUCGACUCUUCUCGCCCGCAGUUUCUGUUUGGCUGCUACGUUGGUGUCCUUCAUUGCAGUAGCAAAUGCCGACUCGGAGGAGCCUGAAGUUUCGGUUGUUGCAACUUUUCCGGAAAGCAACCCUUUUAGCCAGGUCGUGAAUGGUGAACGCAAUCAAAUCUUCCUUGCCAUCGAGAACAAGAGCGAUCGGAAUGUAACCUUGCAAUCCAUCGGUGGUUCCUUCCAUCACCCAGAAACCGGUACGCUUGUGAAGAAUACGACCUCCCUCGCAUAUGGUGUUCCUUUAUUUGAAGGCGCAAAACUACAAAUCCCCUACGCGUUCCACUCAGAGUUCAAGACAGGGGACUUGAGACUCACUAUCUGGUUGGACCAUAUAACUGAGGGCGAAAAGUAUCGUGUUAUUGCUUAUGAUUCCAUUGUCACCAUUGUCGAACCCGAAGUAUCAUGGUUUGACUUCAAGCUCAUUUCUACAUACCUUAUUGUCGCGGCUAUGCUCGGCGGGGGUUCAUACUAUGCCUACCUCACAUACGUUCCUGUACCCAAGGUCAAGAAUCCCAAACGCCGACAAGAGGGAACUACACCCGCUGCUACAUCGACCGGCACUAGCACAGGUGGAUACGACGAGGAUUGGAUACCCGUACAUCACCUCAAGAAGCCCAAAGCUAAGAAAGUUGCUGUUGGUAGUGGUGAGGAACCCAGUGCAGGGGAAACCAGUGGCACUGAGGGCAGGAAGAGGAAGACAAGAAAAUAAACCAUUAGCCUAGAGCCAGACUAGAACCACUUGUCACAUGUAGCUACCAUCGUCUCAUAAACUAAUAGGGUGUUUUGACAUUAGUGGAGAUGGUGAACAAGCAAUUUAAACACGCUCGCUGUACCCGUCAGAUCGGAGGACG